CCAUUCUCUAGUUGAGGCUUCUAUUAAAAGUGGUGCAGAUCGUUUGUGGCUCAUGGAUGAAGAUUCCUCCUGCUCAGUCGGGGGUUCAGGUAGCUUCUUGGCUCUGUCUCAACCUUAUCAGAACAUUUCGACGGUUUCUGGUCCUUGCUCCUUUGCAGCAGGAUCUUCCGGAAAUGUUCUGACCAAGACCAAAGCUAAAAGUAGGAAGAGGCCGUCAAAGUACAUCAGAAAGGAGAAGCCUCUGCUGCAAAGCCCUCAGUUAAAUUUAGUUGAAGUUGGUGGUGGUGCUCUAAAAGGUUUCAAAGAGAAAAGAAAAGCAGAUGUUGUGGGUUCAAGCACUGUGAAGUUGUCAAAGCUUAACCCUCAAGAGGAAUUGCGUAAAAAACUAUUCCCUGAGAUGUUGUUCUUGAUGGAGACUAUGCACAAAAGAGAUGUUCUUGUUGAUCUUCAAGUGGUGAUGGGUUAUGAUCAGGUUUAUACUGUGGAUCCAAUAGGCAAAUGUGGCGGUUUGGCCUUGUUCUGGAAGAGUAGUGUGACAGUGGAUUUCAAGUUUGUAGAUAAGAAUUUGUUGGAUGCUCAGGUACAGUUUGGAGCUUCCAAUUUCUUUGUUUCUUGCGUUUAUGGAGACCCGGAUAAGUCUAAAAGAGUUGCUGUUUGGGAAAGGUUAUCAAGGAUUGGGGUUGGAAGAAGAGAUAGAUGGUGUAUGUUUGGUGAUUUUAAUGACUUAUUGCAUAAUGGAGAAAAGAAUGGAGGGCCAAGAAGGAGUGAUGGUUGUUUCAAGCCCUUCACUGAUAUGAUAAAUGCUUGUGGUAUGUCAGAAUUACCAAGUCAUGGAAACAUGUACACUUGGGCUGGAAGGAGAGGUGUGCAUUGGGUUCAAUGUCGUCUGGACAGAUUCUUUGGGAAUAAAGAAUGGUUCAACUGUUUUCCUGUAUCUAAUCAAUCUUUCUUGGAUUUAAGAGGGUCUGACCACAGACCGGUCUUGUUAAAGCUUGUGAAUUCUCAGGAUUCUUACAGGGGACAAUUCCGUUUUGACAAGAGAUUUCUGCACAAAGAAGAGGUUAAUGAGGCUAUUAGAUUGUCGUGGAAUCCUGGCAGACCAGGGACUAAUCUUUCUGUUGCAGCUAGGCUCAGAUCUUGUAGAAAAGCGCUCAGUUCUUGGAAGAAAAACAACUCCAUGAACUCCAAUGAUAAAAUUAAGCAGUUGGAGAUGGCCCUAGAGAAAGAACAGUCUGAAGUUUGGCCUUGUGUUCAGGCUAUUUUGGAUCCUGUGGAGGUUUCUGGGGCUGUCUCUGCGCAUCGGUCAAGUGCUCCUUUGGAUGUUUCAGUCUCUCAGCAGCAGCAGCAGCAACAGCAGACAGAGUCAGAAGAACAACCUUCUGCUGCUAAGAUACCAAAACAUGUCUUUGACCAGAUUCAAUCUCACUCUGCAACUUCUACUGCCCUUCCUCUCUUUGCCCCUGAGCCUACUUCUUCUAAACUCUCCUCUUUGUCUCCUGAUUCUUCUUCCAGGUUCCCCAAGAUGGGGAGCUUCUUUAGCUGGGCACAGUGGCAAGAACUUGAACUACAAGCACUGAUUUACAGGUACAUGUUGGCUGGUGCUGCUGUUCCUCAAGAGCUCCUUUUACCAAUCAAGAAAAGUCUUCUCCAUCUAUCUCCUUCCUACUUUCUUCACCAUCCUCUUCAACACCUCCCUCAUUACCAACCUGCUUGGUAUUUGGGGAGGGCAGCGAUGGAUCCUGAGCCAGGGAGAUGCAGGAGAACGGAUGGUAAGAAGUGGAGAUGUUCAAGAGACGUCUUCGCUGGCCACAAGUAUUGCGAGCGCCACAUGCACCGUGGCCGCAACCGUUCAAGAAAGCCUGUGGAAACUCCAACCACCGUCAAUGCAACUGCCACGUCCAUGGCUACAUCAGCAGCUGCCACAGCCACCACAACAACAACAACAUCAUCUACGUUUGCUUUUGGUGGUGGUGGUAGUGGUAGUGGUGAGGAAGUUGUGGGUCAAGGAGGAUCUUUCUUCUUCUCUGGCUCUUCCAACUCUUCUUCAUCUGAACUUCUCCACCUUAGUCAAAGUUGUUCGGAGAUGAAGCAAGAAAGCAACAACAUGAACAACAAGAGGCCAUACGAGUCCCACAAUGGAUUCAGCAACAACAGAUCAGAUGGAGGACAUAUCCUGAGGCCCUUCUUUGACGACUGGCCUCGUUCUUCGCUGCAAGAAGCUGACAAUAGUUCAAGCCCCAUGAGCUCAGCCACUUGUCUCUCCAUCUCCAUGCCCGGAAACUCUUCCUCAGAUGUCUCUCUGAAGCUGUCCACAGGUAAUGAAGAGGAAGCUCGGAGCAACAACAACGGGAGAGAUCAGCAAAACAUGAGCUGGUGGAGCGGUGGAGGGUCCAACCACCAUCAUCACCACAUGGGCGGACCAUUGGCCGAAGCCCUGAGAUCUUCUUCCUCGUCUUCCCCAACCAGUGUUCUCCAUCAGCUCGGUGUCUCGACUCAAGCCUUUCAUUGACCAGUGUAAAACCAACACAACAACGCUGUUUUUACUGUUUGUCUUGGGUUUUUAUUCAAAUUUCGUGUAUAAAGAGGGGAGGGUUUU